CACACAUUGACAGAUAGAUAGUAGUCGGUCGGGACUGGGGGUAGGCUAUCUCGGAAAUAAUCUGCCCACGCGUUAAGCUGCUUUAUCCCCGCCAAGCCUCAGCCGGACAGAGACUGCUGCAGCUCCGUCACCUCUCACAGGGAAGUCGGAAUUAGAGUGGCAGAAAAGAAAAAGUGACACACAGGCUGCGGAGUGAAGUUUGACAAAUCUUUGUGAAUCCCCGGGAGCGUGUGUGUGUGUGUAUGUGUGUGUGUGCUCUGUUUGUCGCAUACAUGGAGACCUGACCGGACCCUGACAGGCAGACCUGAAGCUGAACCCGCUGCCGUGUGCUCAGUCUGGGAGGCAGGAGGCGUCAAACAAGUGCACACUGGGAAUUUAACCACAGCGAGAAGCUGGCAACGGAGGUUUGGGCAUGGACAGCACUGGAUUUUGGAUAUUCCUGAUGACAACUUGUGUUAUUCCAGGGAUACAUGGGCAGACUGUGGAAAUGGAUGAUGGGAAGUCGGGGUAUGUUGGCUCAAAGGUGGAUCUCCGCUGUCGGUUCAUCAACAGCUCCCCGCCUGUCAAAAUCUCCCAGGUGACAUGGCAGAAGCUGGUGAAUGGCACUAAGCAGAACGUGGCGAUAGCCAAUCCCUCCCUGGGUGUGUCCGUGGCCCCACCCUACAGGGACCGUGUCACCUUCAAGAAUGCAGCAGUGAGGCGCCGGACUCCAACUUUAGAGGACACCACCAUCACCUUCUCCUCCCUCCGCCUUUCCGAUGAGUCCACCUACAUUUGUGAAUACACCACAUUCCCUGCAGGGAACCGAGAAAACACUGUAAACCUCACCGUCUAUGUUCGUCCAACAACUCAGAUGAGUCUGUCCACGCCGACACUGGUGGCUCGAUCAUCUAAUCUGAAGACACCGGUGGCCACUUGCAUCUCUGCCAAUGGAAAACCACCUGGUACAAUCAGGUGGGAGACAAGGGUGCCGGGAGAAGUGUCCACCCGAGAGUACAGGAACUCAGACGGGACCUUCACUGUUCAGAGCGACUACAUUUUGGUGCCCAGCAGAGAAACGCACAAGGAGACGCUGACGUGCGUCACCUCUUACAACGAGGAGGUCUUCACUGACAGUGUCACCCUCGAUAUUCAGUAUGAGCCAGAUGUGUCGGUGGAUGGGUAUGAUGGAAACUGGUACCUGAACCGAGAGAACGUCCAGCUGAGCUGCCAAGCUGAUGCCAACCCGGCCGUCUCUCUGUAUCAGUGGAGAGUGAUUAACGGCACCAUACCAAGCAAUGCUGAGAUCCAAGACAACGUCCUGACCCUGAAAGGGCCAGUCACGUAUGACCUGCAAGGCACUUAUGUGUGUGAUGCAACCAACAGCAUUGGGACACGAUCGGCCUCUGUGGAGGUCAGCAUUAUAGAAAAGCCUCUACCGCAGAUCGCAACAGGUGAUGUUAUCAGCGUAAUCGCCUUAUUACUGGCUGCUGGAGUGCUCAUGGGCAUCACCAUCACAGUCCUGGUGCUCAAAAUAAGAAGUAGAAAAGAUGACUCCUCAAAUGACUCUCCAUCCAGAAGACUGUCCCAACCAAUAAGGAAAAGACCAGAUGACAUCCAGCACUCGGGACGGUUUUAUGAAGAGCUUCCAAACACAGCGGACUACGUGAGCUACAGACUGGCCUGUAACAAGGAGGACUACCCGGAGCCGUACUCCCCUCCCAUCAAGCCUCCUCUGUCAUUUCUGCCCCACCACCCCUACCACUCCUCACAACCAACCACUGCAACCAGCAGCAGCAGUGGCACCAACACGCCAAAAAACACCUUCUCUCCUCCGUCACACACCACGGCCAUCUUUAAAUACCCCUCGGUACCGGGCAUUUCUUCUCCUCCCCCGGGAGUGGCGGCAUACACUUUUCCCAAAGAGCAGUACGUCUGAAUAGACAUUUUGUCACAAACUCAAACCUCUCAAGCGAGCUCGGAUGAAACAACCCGAUAUGAACUCCAACCUUUCCUCACUGGAGGCUGGGAAAAUGUGGUUAACCCUGGACUAGCAGGCAGUGUCCUUACACUGCUUGCAACAUUGUGUUUGGCUCUGGAGGUCAAAGGACAAUGCAGCUUUUGUUGUUGGACUUGGAACUCCAAUUUUGAAACAUUUUUCCCUUUUGUCCGCUCUGUUAUUGUGUUAUCUAUUCUUUGAAAAGGGAAGAUUGUUGAACCGUGUUUCAGAUGUUUAGCUAGAGGAAGGUCAAGUUAAAGAUGAUUUGACUGUCAUGUUAAAACUUUAUAUUGCAUGGAUGUAUUACAUUUGAUUGGAAAAUAUUCCAAACUAACUGGACAGGAUUAUCUCUUGAUGUCCGAUGUUGUUGACCCUAUCUUCUAUGGUAUCAUUUUGUAAAAAAAAAAAAAAAGGAGAAAACAAAAAAUUAUUUCCUGCUGUAUCUCUAAUGCCCACUCUCUUUAUCCUGCAUCAUACACUAACAAUCCCUUUACUGAGGAACAGCAGACCUCACCUUUUGGUUUUACCUCCUGCUCAUCUGUAAUACUUUUACUGUGCUUGUAUUUUGUAUCGUUUAUGUUUUUCUCGCAAAGAAAAUAAUUUUAAAGCGUUUUUAUUUACUGAAGACAUUUUGUUGAUAUAUGAAAUUGAUGUUUUUAUUCGUGAUAUCUGUGGAUUUUAGUAUUCAUUGACACUGGUUGUUGGA